AAAAAAACACACAUAACAUACACAUAUAUGGUAUUGGUGCGAUUGUCAAGAGCUGUAAAAUGUAUUUUGGGUUGUUCUUUGGUGGUAGGUCAUGGUAGUAACAAGAAACACACAGCUAAAUUUAAAAAGAAUUUUUUUUUACUAUUUUGGGCCAGUUUUCCUUUGAUAAUAAAAAAAAAUCAGGAGAUAUCCAAUACUAUUUACCACCAAGUGAAAGCCCAAUUUGUCCUGAAAAAAAAACAGGUAUAAUUCACCUGGAUGUACAAAGCAGUUGUUAUGAUAUGUACAGUUUUACUAACACAUGUCAACGUUGCAAAAUUGUGCUUCCUUAGGCGUGAAGGGGUUAAUCAGCAUACUA